UCUGGUCUUCCACUCGGUGAAACGUUCAAGUACGCCUCUCCGUCAGUGGUUGUAACUUAAUGAACCCCGCACGAUGGAUUUAACCAGAAAAACAACCCGGCGUUUGUGAAACAACAACAACAACAAAAAAAAAAACAACAACAACGCCAAAAACAAAACAAAAUUAUGCCCAGGACUCGGCGCAGUGUUGGGAGAACAGCAGAAAAAAGCGAACAUAUCAACCAACGAUUGGGACCCCUGAUCUCUACUCUGCUUUUACUACUUUACUGAUUGCUCUGAUUGUUUCUCCUAAGCUGCUCAAUUUUCCUUCUUCUCAUUUACUCUUGUUUUCUGACGCCUCCUCACUCCUCUUCAGACCUAUACCACCUCUUUCCUGUCAUGUCUGUAUCCGUGAGGAACCCACCUCAGCGCCGCCGCUCUCUGGGUCCCGUCUCACCCAAACGCAUCUACAGAAACCUGUCUGUCAGACUGAAGGGAGGGGAAUCAUCUGCUGCCUCGGAGGUAGACACACCCAAAUACCCCAGCAAGUCCCAGGAAGAUUACAAGACCCUGUGGGAGGCAGUGGAAAAUGAGGACACUUUGGCUGUACAAAGCCUUUUGUCCAGAGACCACACCAGUUUUGGAGGAGGAGGAAGCAUGUGGGAAAGAGGAGAGAAGAAAGAAAAGGAGUGGGACAGAGAUAAAGAGAAGGGGGUGAACAGAGUAAGCGAACAGGGUCUGGUCCCCCUGGACGUUGCUGCCCUUACCCACAACUCCCCUCUGCUUCAUGUGCUGACAAAGGCAGGAGCUAGACAUAAUCCUGUUUUGUGCCGGCCGGUAGAGUGGUCAGCAAAGCUGGACACUCUGGUGGCAUUGGCAAGUAAAAGAGUAGAAGAAAAGAAGACAGAGCUGGUGAGGAAAGCUGUGGCCGGGCCUCAGGCACAAGCUGAUGUUCAGAGACAGAUCUGCCUUUGGAGACUGAGGCUGCAGCUGUACUCCCGGAUGAGAGAGAACUUCCAGAACACAGAGCUCCCAGGCCCUCCCAGUCAUGUGUCAGUCCUGAUAACCAGCAUUUCAUCUCUGUGUGUGGUGAUCAAAGAACCGGAGGGUGACAACAUGGGACUCAUCACCCGCUACAGAGUGGAAUGGAGCACCUCAGCCAGCUUCAAGCGUGUUCUCGGCUCAGCCCAAGUUACAGAGACGAAAAACCCCUCCUAUAUUAUCAAGGGACUGACAACAGGAAUGCAAUACUUUGUCAGAGUGAGUGCAUACAAUGUGAAGGGAUGGGGACCGCCUCAGUGCUCUACUCCAGUCAGCGCUGCCCCCUCUAGUUGGAGAGAAUGUGUUGGUGUGAAGUCACAGUUCAGGAACCAUGAGGGUCUUGUGAGGAAACUGCUGGAAGAUGCCAGAGAAUCACAAUACAGAGGAUAUUGCAUAGAGAGCUCAAAGCCCCAGAGUCCCAGCAAACGUCUGUCAGUGUCUCGAGGCAUCAAACAACUCUUCCAGUCUGCCACCAAGUUUGUUCGUCUCCUACAACGGGGCGUGUAUUUGGCAACUGUGUUCUACCACAAGGAAGACAUCCUGGUGACAGCUGAAGAUCAGAUCCCGCUGGUAGAGAUCCAGUGCUGCUCCACCUCUAUCACCAAUGACUUCCUUUGGUUUGCCAAGUUGUCCUGUGCAUGGCAGCAAGUUCCCUGGCUCCAGCAGGGCCUUUCCUCUGCUCACUCAUCCCCCUCAUCCCUCCUUCAGAACCGCCACAACAUUUUAAGAGCCAUUUCCCAGCUGCAGUCUUCUCUAGGAACGAUGGACCUGGGCCAGCUGUACUAUGAACCGCUGAAAGACCGCCAAGGCAACGUGCUACUAGUAACUCUGAAGGAAUUCCCAAAUCCUCCUCGUCCUCCUGACCCUCCACUCCACUGGAUGCCUUUGGCCCGACUGGAAAAAAACCGCAGGAGAACUCCAUUGCUGCCUGAGCCUACUGCCAUGGACAUCCUGUAUGAGCAGCUAAAGGAAAAAUUGUCCUUCCAUAGACACAGCACUCAGUGGGCUCAGCCGGGUCUGUAUGUGGGCAUCCUGAAGCUGUGCAGCUCAGUAGAACAGAUCAGGGUCCUGGUGCCGCAGAGGCUCCCUAAUCUGCUCUGCCAUACACGGGUCCGACACAAUGCCCACGUGUCCAGAGACGAGUGGACAUGGCUCCAGAGUCAUGUUCACACCGCCCACAACGCCAGCAUUCAGAACCUGUUGAGCGGUGAGGACGACAGCUCGAUGGAGGGCAGCAGCUUGAGGGAAUUUGUCAGAUGUCUGAGAGCAGCAGUCACGCAUCUCCUGACAAAGCUCAACAUCCCCCUCUACAGGGCGUAUCAGUACGGUGUGUACACACGGGAGCUGCUGCAGUUUGGUGAAAAACUGUCCAUGCUGCUGCUCCUGCCUCCAAGUGAGGACUUCAGCUCUAGUUACUGGCCUCUGGUGGGGACCAAAGAGCCCAGCCUCACUAUGCCUCUGCAGAUCUUUGAACUGGUUCACUUCUGGACAUAUGAACGGGACUUCCUCUGUCAGUACUGCCAGUCCUGGGUAAGGCUGGAGCUGGACACUCAUCUGGCUCAGCAGGCUCUGCGCGAGUCGCUGGACACCAAGGAGGUGCAGGAAGCCCGAGAGAGGUUGAACAACAUCACUGAACUUUCUCAUCGUUUGGAUGUGGUAUGGAGGGAUGCCCGAUGGAUUAUGGACUGUUUACAGUGUGUUCGAUCUAAGCAGUGGGUGGGAGCAGUGCCGCUAGGCUUGGUGAUGGGGGGAGACCCACCUCCAUGUCCUGAUGGUGAAGAAGUAGAAGAGAGCUUGACUGCCCGACUGUGGCCCCAUUGGAUGCAAGCACAAAGACCUACUUCAGAGAGAUCAGCCAGUGCGCCUCCACCGGAGGCUCCAACAAUCACCACACCAGAGGAAAUAACUGUCAUCCCUGAGGAGGCGGUCUUGGUGUUAAUGGAAGGUGUUGUGAAGGGAGGGUAUCCCGUCGACAUUAACUCUCAGUCAACCACAGACCUGACGAGUAUUGCUCAGUCAGAAUGUGGAUGCACAAGCGCUUUAAUAGGGUCUGGACUUGAGCCUGCUGCUAUUGUUCAGCUGGAAACAGGAUACACGGUGUCGGACACAGAAGUCUCCUACAGAGGAGAACUGGACUUUUCCCCUGGCAUCACUGAAGUCAUCCGACCGAUGGAAAUGGCAGAGUUGGUGGACAUCUUGCCCACGCUGAGCCUUAUUGAGGAGGAAAACCCCUCUGGCACAUCUACACCAUCUGUGAUGGAGAUGCUAGAGAGCUUUGGACUGGGGAUUGCAGAUAACAACCCUCUCUUUGACUUUGGGAGUUCAGACAUGAUGAGUGAGGGUGGGAGCGUGUACCAGCCCAUCUUGUGCUAUAAUAACAACAGCAGUGUGAAAGAGGCUAUGGUGCUCCAGGAAGAAGAAGUGGUAGCCUCUUGUAUUGCUGCUGAUGCUGCAGAUGGUGUACCUGCUACAAGUUGGGACUUUUCUCAAGAUGAAACAAAGACACAAGAGGCUACAGGCAAGGGAGCAGGUCUUCCAGUGAGAAGCCAGGUGGAGUGGGACAGGCCUUCUAAUAAUUUGUCCUGAUGUUAGCUGAGAUCCCAGCUGGCUUUAUUCCUGUCUCAGUUUAAGGUAUCAGCAAGAUACAGACGCUUCCUUCAAUUCCUGUACUUCUUCAUCUGUUCAGUUAAUGCAAAUUCUUGUGGAAAACUGAAGAACUCUGGUGACAUGCAGAUACUGAGGAAUCAUUACAACCAAUUUAAUAAUGAAUAUAUAAAGUCAAUACAAAACUGCUGAACUUGAAGUUUAUUUUUCCCCUAUAUGCAGUCAUCUAGAUCUUGCCAGAUGAAGAAGAAUAAACUAUAAUAGUUGUUGUAAUGACUUGAAAAUCCACUGCUCACUACAGCACAAAGCCACAUUGAUGCUUGUUUGAGCUGUAAUCACACUGAUUAAGUCCCUACAAUUCCGGCAAAUAGAAGGAUUUCAUUUUAAAUCCGUGAAUAAGUUUGCCUGCAUGCACUUUCCGCUUUUGAUAUCUUGGGUUGUCUGUUUCAUUUUAGUCAAAAGCCAGAUAUCUAAUUAGAGAAGACUCCCAGGGAAUAUAAAACCAGUCUGCAGUAAAAUGUCGGUCCUACACUGAAUCCCAUCUGUAUAGGGCAUCUUUACUUUUUCUGGCAUCACAACCGUCAAACAAUGUGUCUCUGGAGAAAUUUAAGUCAGUGACAUGAGGCAGCAUGAAGUGGAUUUUGAGAUUCUGGUUUCUUUGCACUGGAUAUUUUCAACAGGGAAAUGUGUGGCAGGAAUAGUGAAAAAGAGGCAAAUAGAAUGUAUAAGUUUUCAGUGCCUUUCAGAAAAAGCCAGCAUAUGACCAAAUGUGCACAUAUGAAUUAGGAAAAUAUAGUGGCAACCUUUGAAGGCCGAAUCAGUGUGUCACAUCAUCAUACUGUAGCUCCCAGUUUAUUAUUCACAGUAUGUCUACACAUCAGUUAUGUCUUACCCUUGUCAAUAUCAUAUGACAAAUACCCACUUUUCUACUGUAUAAGGUACCAUUUAUACAGCAGCAGUACAAACCUUCACACUAGUAGUCACAACAGGUUCUGCACACCCUAAAUAAUCAGUUUGAGGCCAAUACACAGUGUUGAUAUUGUUGAAUUACUUAAAAGUAAAUUGAAAUAACCUUGUUCAUAGUGUGUUAUGACAAAAACAUUAGUUUUACACUCUUAAUAGCUAUUUAUUUAGGCAUUUUUCAUGCUAACAUUAUUUUAUGAUGAUUACUCUAACUAUUAUUAUUGGCUGCCUCAGUCUGGUUGCUGUAUUUUGACUGUUUUCACUAAGGUUUGUAUUGUAUUCAUGCUCACAGACUGACUUUUUAAGAAUGCAUGUGAAGCAGAGUGUUGCUGGUUACUGGCAAAGUGCCUUCAUUAACUUAAUCACUAUGAGUAAAUGAUUGUUACCUUUGUGGAACUGGUGUUGCUGU